GUUGCCAGACACUUCUAAGAAACAGAUGCUUUAGUCGAUUUUGUAAUCCAAUUUAAUUAAACAAUAAUAAAGUUCAGUUUUCUUGUAAACAAUAUAAAAAAUAAACAAUAUGAUGCGCUACGAGGGCAAUGAAAAGCUGGCGGAUGAAACAGCCUGUGCCGGCGUUCGUGCUGAUCUAAAAAUGUGCCUGCUGGAAAGCGAGUGCUGCCGCUUGGACAAAAAGACACCGCGGCAGUGCCUGCAAGACAACAGCGUACCACCUGAGUGUCAGGUUCUGCGCAACACUUUCUACGAGUGCAAACGAUCUUUGCUGGAUAAUCGACAACGCUUUCGAGGGCGCAAGGGCUACUGAGAGAUGGAUAGUCAUAAAACCUUGAUCUUAUUUUUAUUGUUACUUAGUUUUUAUUGAAUACAAAAAGAAACUGGAUGCACAAA